GAGAAGAAGAAUUCAGUCGAUUUGUUUGUGUUGUUUGUGUAUAGCUAAACUUUUGGAUCUAAACCUACUCGAACAAGAUUAUUCGGUGUAUCGGCAUUCCGUUUGGUGAUUUCACCAGUGUAGCAUCGCUGUUUUUAUGUGCACUGAUUAAAUUGUCGUUGUUUUAAGACUUUGCUGUAACUGUGUACCCGUGGUCAUCGGCAUUUUCAUAUCUGUUGCAUUUGAAGCUGGAUUGAUUCCAUCGAUAGAAACAUCAAGAGGAUUCGUUAUUGAAAACCCCUACGACAAUGAGUGCCUCAUUCAGGAGUAUUGUCCAACAAGUGACCCAAGAGAAGCUUGAGGAACUAAAGCAGCAACGGAAUUUGAUGAACGAUCAUUUCAAUCCUGUUCUGAAGAGCAUUGAGGAACCUUCGAUCGAUCCGGCGAAUGCACUGCAAAUACUUUACCAAGCCGCUAAGGACAGUCCCGUCAAGGACAUUAUUGGUCAGAUACUGAUCGACAAUCUCAAUUAUGUCUUGAAAAAUGGUAAAGAGGAUUCGUCACUCAGCACCCAGCUGGUUCGUGCAUGGAUUGAUAAACUGAAGCAGGAAAUUCAAUACGCGUUGCGAAAGUGUGAAUAUUCUUAUCUUUACGGCUCACUGUUGAGCGAAUGGCUGGAACUGGAAGAGAAGAAAGCCGCUAAGAAGUCUGCUGGUGCGGAGACGGAGGAAAACUUAAGUGAGCUAAAGGAAAAGGCGAAACAGGACAAAGCCAAAGUCGUUGAAAAAAUGAAGUCUCUCAUGUUCAACGCUCCAACAUCUGAAGAAUUUGAAGCCGGCAAGUUCCGUAAAUUUCUUUCUGACGAGCUACUGAAUUUCGAAGAGAAUGCUGAAGGUCAAAGUAUAAUGAAAGAGAUUCGCCGGGAGACAGGAGAUUUCUUCAAAAUCGUCAACUAUCACAUAUCUUCGUACGAUGUGCAGUGUUGCAUCAAAGGUUUAAGCACAGAGGAACUGUUAACGCCAGAGAAGAAAGCAGCCUUGAAAGAACUCAACGAAAAUUCGGAAGCUUUAGAGGAAGUGGCGUCACUUCUUACCAAUCGACUGCGUAAUUUGAAACGGUGGGAGUGGCCAGCAUCAUGUGAACUAGUGGAGCUUCGCCGAGGUCUUGCUGGCGAAUACAAAGCUUUUAUGAAUGAAGACAUCAUCACGGCAUUGUUUUUGCAAUAUGUUGGCGUUCAAUGGGCAGCCUAUUUCAAAGGUCAAUUCAUGAAAAUUUACGAAUCAAAGAUUUUUGCUGAGAUCUUCUGUCAUGACGACUCGAUUGAGGGUAAACGAAAGGAAUUUCACCAAAGUACAUUUUUGUCAGCCCUUCCGGAUUCGAUGCAGUCUCAAGAUAGUCAGCAACAAGAAGAAUAUGCUAAAGUCGAAUCACGCUCCUAUGCAGCUCCAAUGAUGAUGAUGCAAUGUGCGGCGCCUUCAGGACUAUUUGGGGCUGCAAACGACGUGCAAUCUGAUUGCAGUUACGCACCACCGCCUCAAAUGGUUAGGAAAAAAGCAUCCAAGCCAAGGCGCAUCGUUAAGCCGGAUCCAGAUAUUGACUUCAAGCAAGCCUUCUUGCACACACUCAGCACGGAAAUUCGUCUUCACCAAGUGAUUCGAAAGGACAAGCCUUUAGUUGUUGUACAAGCCGAUUUGGAAUCGUUUGGUCCUUCAGUUGUUCACGAUGCUGCUCUCAUUGCAUUGGAAUAUUUUGGUGUUUCGAAGGAAUGGCUGGAAUUUUUCAAGAAAUUCCUACAACCCCGUGUCUCCUUGGUGGAAAACGAAGCACCAGCAUUAGUUGUUCGAGGUGUUCCAACGUCACACACUCUUUCAUCGCUCUUCGGAGAGACAUUACUCUUCUUACUCGAUUUGCUAGUCAAUCAGAAAUGCAACGGCAUGCGAAUUUACAGAAUUUCCGACGAAUUCUGGUUCUGGGAUAACGUUGAGGAGAAUGUCGCGAAAGCUUGGAACACAAUGAACACAUACGGCAAAAUGGUUGGACUUAAAGUCAAAGAAGAUCGAAGUGGGUCCGUUUCGAUUUACUCGGACGAAGCGUUGAAAAAGCUCGAGCCCAGCAAAACCGUCAUUUGCGGACCAUCACCACUACCUCAGAGGAACAUACACUGGGGCUAUCUGGAGCUUCAUUCGAAUGGAAUCUUCAAGAUCGAUCAAGAUGCGAUCACAAAGUUCUUGGAUGAAAUGCGAGCUCUGCUGGACAAAUCCGAGUGCGUCCUAGAAUGGAUCAACGUCUUCAACAAAUAUUUGGCAUUCUUUGUGCGAAACUUCGGUAAAUGCGCUCUGGUCUCCGGAAAACAGCAUUUGGAUCAAAUCGUCACCUCGCUGGGUAUGAUAUACACCGGCCUCUUCGGUUCGGAAAAUGGAAAUCCUGUCGAAAAGUUAAAGUCUCGAUUCGAGAAACUUCGUGAAGCGGACAUAGUCGACGUGUGGGUGUACUGGCCAUUGGAGAGGGGUGGUUUAGGCUUGGUGAACCCAUUCAUUGGAAUCAUGUCGUUACGCGAAGCUUAUGUCGAUAUCAACGACGACGAUCACUUUACUAAGCUACCGUUACAGGACAAAGUCAACUGGGAAGCAAUCAUCGAAGAACAUGAACGACGGUAUGGAAAGAUUGGUGAAGCUCGAACUAUUCAGCCGGGCUAUCAAGUUCCGCCAAAAGUCCCGACCUGGGACGAGUAUCUUGCAAAACGAGAAACCGAGUUGAGGCACUGGUACGAUCGCUACAUUCGAUUGCUUGAACGUCCUGGUCCCAAAGUUAUAUCCAUUUCUGACAAAUACUGGACCCUGGAUUCUCCACUACCUGAUGCUGAGAUCGAUAGUAAUUAUUUGAUGUGGCUAUUUGCUUACUACGAAACUCAGCUUGUCCUUCAUUUCGGCAGCGUGAAAUUCAUUAAUUCAAAACUACUUCCGAUGAGCAUGAUCGCCAACAUUCAAAAAUCUAAAGUUCAACAUUAAAUUUCUAGUCAACAGGUCAAGCCUUUUAACAAACGUUCGCCUUUUCAUUGGCCUUUUUUUUAUCGAUUUUGUAAGUUUUACUAACGCGAUACUACUCCAUUGAUUUUUUUUUGUAUUUAGGGCCGCAUUAUUGUAUUGAGUUCGGUCUAUUUAUGUAAAUAAAAAAUUAUUUUAGCACCCAAAGGC